AUGAACACUCUGGCACAUAUGGACGGAGUUACCGGCCGGGUCUACCUACGGGCCUCCGUCUCAUCCUUGGCGGACAGGCAUCAUACCCAGUCUGGACUCCAGCGCUUGCGUGCGAAGAACGACAUGGGUAAAACCGCAGCGGGUCGACAAAGAAAGCGGCCUGAGGCACGAAGUUUCCGACCCGACGACGAUCCGUGCUGCUUCGAGGCUUCCGCCCUUCGCCGGGCAAGUCAGCUGACGCUGUGA